UAGGUAGCGCAUUUGUUUCGGGAACAAAAGGCCGCAGGUUCAAAUCCUGUCAUCCCUAUCGACGUUCGUUAAAAGAAACACUAAGAAAGUAUAAAAGCCGAGGAACGAAAGAGGCAUGCUGUGGAGCAUACAUAGGGAUGUAGCGCAGAUAGGUAGCGCGUUUGUUUAGGGAACAAAAGGACGCAGGUUCAAAUCCUGUCAUCCCUAUAGGCUCUUUUUUGUUCUGCCAGUGAUCUUAGAUACGUUUUCCAUUUCUCUUUUUGGAGCUCGCGGCUAUGGCUUGGGGAGGAUUGCUUGGUUUCGAUCAUGGAAUAAUCCAGGCGCCAUUGGGUCCAGACAUCUCGGGGCCUGCUCUCGUAGCAGCGGUUGCAAAUGCGGGGGCGAUUGGAGUUCUUCGAGCUCCAGAUCAGGAUGAGCCCGAGGUGCUGAGGGGGAUGGUGAAGCGAACCAGGGAGCUGACGGAUCGAUCGUUUGGAGUGGGGAUCAUCCUGGAUUUUCCACACGAGAAGAUGCUCGAGGCUGUGAUCCAGGAGCGUGUCGCUGUGCUGAUGGUUUACUGGGGUGAAUUUGGGAGUCAUCUUGUCGACAAGAUGCACCAAGCCGGAGUGAAAGUCGUGCAUCAGGUAGGAUCAGUGGCCGAGGCCAAAGACGCAGCGCUUGCUGGUGUGGAUGCGAUCAUCGUCCAAGGUGUUGAAGCUGGCGGCCAUGUCCGUGGAAAGGAGGGACUCAUAGCGCUGUUGCCCAAAGUUGUGGAUGCCGUUUGGAAGUAUAAGAUUCCCGUGAUUGCGGCUGGAGGGAUCGUUGAUGCUCGUGGCUAUGUCGCUGCUUUGGCACUUGGUGCGAAGGGAGUUUGCCUUGGAACAAGAUUUCUUGCUACCUUGGAGUCGAAUGCGCAUCCGAUCUACAAGAAAAUGGUGCUGGCCGCGUCCGCUGGCGAUACCGAGCUCAACAACAUUUUCGGAAGGAAACGGUGGCCAAAUGCUCCACAGAGAGUGAUCAAAACUCCAUUUUUCCUGGAGUGGAGAGACAAGCUCGGCCCCGACGAGUCCGAGCAAGGGCAGGUGACGAUCGGUGAAACAAUCGUCCAUGGCAAAAAGGAAGAGGUGAAGCGCUUCUCUGGAAAAGUUCCCAAUUCCUCCGCGACUGGGAAGAUCGAGGAGAUGGCAAUGUACGCGGGCGAGGGCGUGGGGUUGAUCGAUGAGAUCUUGCCCGCCGCGAGCGUCGUCCGGGGACUGGUGGAAGGCGCCCAAAACAUCAUCCGCUACCAUCUCCAAGUGCCCUGGGACGACAACGCCAACAAGCCCCACGCCUACAUGGCAUAGUCUCAAGCGGCCACGUCAGCGUUUACGUGUAAGGGCUUCCACGUCUGCCUGUAUUAAAGGCUUUGGUGUUUUUUAAAAGGGGUGCCCUGCCCUAGCGGGGUCUUAUGGAGUGCGUCUA